GCAAAAAACCCACAAAAAAUAUUUAUUAUUAUAGAAGUAUUACAUAUUAUUACGAAUUUAUACAUUAUAGUGUGUUGUAAUUUUCUUUUUAAUUUUUUAUAAUAAUAUAUAUAGUUCACUAUAUAUAUAGAGCACUAUAGUUCAUUUAUGUAAGUGAGGAUAGCAAAAUAAAGCAAACUGUGACAUAUUAUACCCAAAAAUUCUUCAUACAGUGGACUACCAGUAAAAUUGAUAAAAAUUUGGAACCAAAAAUCAUUCAGAUACUUUGACCUGACCAUGUUUUGCUUAAGUGUUAUCUGACAUAAUUAAGAUUAAUUUUUUCUGACACAGUUUAACUCUGAGAUCUUGUCGUAUUUUAUUACCAUUUUUUUAAACUAUAGUGAAUAAACUGUAUUAAUGAAUGAAAUGUUCAAGGUGUCUGAAUAAAAUUUGGUUUGACUGUAUGUCCCCUGACAGAUCAUGCUGUCAGUGAAUCUGCUGAAUGAUACACAGAUGAGCUUCUUCCUUUGACCAUUCAAACAUUUAUUUCUCUGCUGCUGUCUUUCUGCUGCGUUAUUUAUCUUGCACUCAUCUGAAAUGCAUCACUUCUGCACCAUGUAUUAUUCUCUCACUUCCUCUUUCUUCUCUGCAUGGAAUAUAACGCUUUUAGGAUCGAUAAGCUGUAACCCUCUUCCCCCUACAGGGAUUGACAGAUAAUUUCAUUUUCUCAUUGUGCAUCAUUGGAUUGCAUUGCUUUUGCCUUUGCGUGUGUGUGUGUGUGUGUGUGUACAUGCAGAGACCCUCCUCCCAAUCAGAAUGUCCCUGCGCUCCCCCUCCCCUCUCCCACUCUCCUCUCCCUCCAUAUGUGCGAGGAAGAUGGUUGCAACCAGCGUGGGCCUGUUUUUAAUGUCGCACAUCCUGCCAUGAUCCCACCGGGAGCAAGAGGAGGAGAAGAAUAAUUCCAUUCAGUUCCUGUUGUGAGAGGAAGAGACCUGGAAUCAUCCAGAGCAGAGAGAACAGAAGUUAUUACUCCAGCUGUCUCCAGCAUGCAGCAUCACUCGUCUGAGGUGGCCCGUCUGUAUCAGACCGAGUUCAUCCGGAGCGCCCGGGCGGUGGGCGUGCUGUGGGCCAUCUGCACGCUCUGCUUUGCUGUUAUCGAGGUGGUCAUUCUCAUCCAGCCAUCCUGGGUGGGCCACGAGAGCUGCACUACCGCGGAGGGGGACCUGGCCCCUCCGACCGGGACACUCGGCCUCUUCGAAGUCUGCGUGGAGACUGAUUGGCCCGUCCCAGACUGCCGGGGGUCUCUUCACACCCUGACCCCGCUCCCUGCCUUCCAGUCUCCCGCUGUGCUGGUGUGCAUGUCUCUCACCAUGGUGUGGGCCAGUGUGGGCUGCCUGUGUCUGUUCAGGUUCUGCAACGCAGCAACGGUCUAUAAGAUAUGCGCUUGGCUGCAGCUCACAGCAGGCUUCUGUUUGGCCCUGGCAUGCGUGUUGUUCCCAGACUCCUGGGCGUGUGCUGAGAUGCGGGCGCUGUGCGGGGAGCGUGUGAGUAGUUUCUCCCCAGGGAACUGCUCCGUGCACUGGGCGUACAUACUGGCCAUGCUGGGGGUCCUAGAUGCCGGCAUACUGUCCAUGUUGGCUUUUGUACUAGGGAAUCGCCAAGAUGCCCUGCUGCCAGAAGAUGCCAAGGAUGGUGAUGUGACUGGCUUGUUACUGGCAGCAUAAAAGAGGCCUGAGCUGUUCUCAACAGUCAGAAACUGCUGGUGGCUGUUUCAUCACGUCGUCUGUGAACUUCACUCUCGACAAAUAAUGAUGGCAUAAAACGUGUGAAGAGAUGCUUCUCUCUUCCCCCUCAGCAUGAUGUCAUCAUCCUGUGAAGUCAGCUUACAUAACCUGUCUGCGUAGAAACAGUCACCUGGCAACAGUAUCCGAGUCCUUUCUACCCUGACGGAGGAACAUUAGUCUGAUCUUAUAAUGGUGGCUCUAAAUAGAGAAGAGGAAAGGUUAUGUUCUUUAGUGCAUUUCUAUUAGAGUUAUAGUCCAGGUCUCUGUGACCUCGUGCGAUGCACAAACAGAUCAAGUGAAUGUGGUUUCCAAUUAAAUGAUGUUUGAUGUUUGGUUCUGUGUUCUGGACAUUUCUUGUGCAUGAAUUUAAGAUGAGAUCUGAAGAUGAAUAGUCAUAGUUUCAGUAUUAAAAUUCUGUAAAAUCUGUUUAAUUGUUGACCUGUUUAUUUUCUUAAUGCAUGCUUCUGGUCUGUGUCUAUAUAUAUAUAUAUAUAUAUAUAUAUAUAAUAUAUACACACACGCACAGUACCGGUCAAUGGUUUGGAAACAUAUUACAGCAUUAUGAGAAUGAUUUCUGAAGGAUCAUAAAGACUAGAGUAAUGGCUGAUGACAAUUUAGCUUUGCAUCACAGAAAUAAAUUAUAUUUUAAAGUAUAUUAAAAUAGAAAACCAUUAUUUUAAAUUGUAAUAAUAUUUCACAAUUUUACAGUUUUUUUCUGUAUUUUUGAUCAAAUAAAUGCAGUCUUGAUGAGCAGAAGAGACUUUUUUUCAAAAACCAAUUUCAUUAAGAUCCAGUCCACUCACUUUGUACAGUCCAGUCAACAAAUAAUGGAUAAAAUCAAGUCCCACCCUACAUAUAUUUUUUUAUUCUAUAGCUGUUUCACAUGGAAAUGUCACGAUAUGGUAGUAAAGUCAAAUACAACUUAUACAACAUGCUGACUUUAUAACUGCACGUCGCUGUGUUGUAUUGUGAGUCGUCUUCACCUAUGGUUUAUAUUUAACAAGUCCUUGUCUUAGUCGUGACUGUUGUUCUUAUGUGAUUUUAUGAAGCCAAUGCAUUAAUUGUUAAAUGUGAUGUCAUUUCUAAUCCAGUUUAAAAGCAAUGCAAGGUUCUAAACAAACUUUUGGUGUUCACAUACAUUUUAUUAGCACAUACAGUGAUUUUUGUUGUUUGACAAAACUUGCAGUGCAGAGAUAUGUAUUUUUGUACAAGAUUUUAUGACUGCACGAAAAGCAUUUAUAUACUCAGAGUCACGAUUUCCUUCACAAAUAGUCAGAUUACAAACCCAGAGGGCAGGAAGUUGGGACAGUGAUUAGUUAGUAUCAGACAGAGUAUCUCAAAGCCAAGUCAAGGAGGACAAAAUAACAUUUUAUCAAGCUUGGAUAGGAUGCAAAUGACAUUAAGAAGAUGGCACACCACUUUAACAGCCAAUCAGAGAAAAAGAGGACAGGAAACUCACUGUUUGACAUUUAGACGGGCUCUUUUUGAGUCUAAACUCACGUAGUGCUGCUUAUUACUGUGUAAAGCAGCAGAUCUGAUGUGUUGUGCUGUUUAAACCUGUACCAGAUAUCUUCUGCAAUAAAUAUAAUUCAGAGA